AUGGAAGAUCAAUACGGAUUAAUGCCGCCGGACCUCCGGCGAUACGUCGCCACCGGACCGGAUUUUUACCCCCCUCCGCCGCUGCAACCGCCGCCUGCGUCGGCGGAGCUGCACUCCGGCCGCCUUGGGCUGACCCAGACACACCCAUACGACGUGCUCGCUUUCCGACCGGUGGAGGGCGGCUCGAGCGGCGGCGGCGGCGGCGGCGGUAGCGGUAGGUGGCAGAGGCAGGAGACACUGACGCUGCUGGAGAUAAGAUCGAGGCUGGACUUCAAGUUCAAGGAGGUCAACCAUAAAGGUCCGUUGUGGGAUGAGGUUUCAAGGAUAAUGUCCGAAGAGCACGGCUACCAUAGGAGCGGGAAAAAAUGCCGAGAAAAAUUCGAGAAUAUAUACAAAUACUACAAAAAGACGAAAGACGGCAAGACCGGCGGCCGGCAAGACAGAAAGCACUAUAGGUUCUUCAGUCAACUCGAAGCCCUUUACGGUCAAAACAACAUUAACAACUCGUCGGCUUCAAACUCCGAAGCACUUCAUAGUCAACCUUUUGAUAAUUUCCCGAGCAACGAACCCGACACAACGACGGCCUCAACCGACGACACAGAAGGGUUCGAAAACCGGAAAAUGGGAUGGAAGGAAAAAAUCGAGGAAUUUGUAGACCUAAGGAUGAAAGACUUGAUGGAGAAACAAGACGCGUGGAUGGAGAAGAUGAUGGAGAAAGUCGAGCGCAAGGAGAAAGAGAGGUUGAUGAGAGAAGAAGAGUGGCGAAGGCAGGACGCGGCUAGAAUCGAGAGGGAGCAUAGGUUUUGGGCCGGGGAACGGGCUUGGGUUGAGGCCCGGGACACGGCCCUCAUGGAAGCCCUAAACAAGCUCGGGGGCAAGGAUUUCGUGGCUCAACAAGGUAACAAUAAUGGUUGUAAUAAUGGAAGUGCUAAUAAUAAUGAGAGUGGUGUUGGUGUUAAUGGUGUGAGUGAGAGUUGUUUGAGGUACUUCAUGGGAGAUGGGUAUGGAGGGGUUAUGGAGUGA